AUCGCUUGCAAAAUAGUUGCCAUUUCCAUGCAUUAUCUCUUUUUAGCUGCAUUUUGCUGGAUGCUAGCCGAAGGACUACAUCUUUAUAUGCAGAUUGUAGCUGUCUUUCAUCAGAAAGAUAAAAUUUGGAUGUAUUAUAUAAUUGGAUGGGGCAUCCCCGCUGUAAUUGUGGGAGUCGCCACUGCUAUCCGCUACGAUAAUUAUGGCGUAAAUAACACUUGCUGGUUAUCAACUGCAAAUGGUCUUAUUUGGGCGUUUGUUGGACCACUUAUUCUCGUUAUCUCGAUUAAUGGGAUAAUUGCGCUUAUUGUAAUCAGAAUUACGCUUAUAAAAUCCGCUAGCUCAAAUAUGGUCGAUCAUAAAGAAUCUGAAAAAUUGCGGCAAAUAAAGACAGCUACCAAAGGUUUUGCAAUACUAUUUCCAAUCUUAGGAUUAACUUGGAUAUUUGGAAUAUUUUCAACGGACAAAUAUUCUAUUCUAUUUAGCUAUAUCUUUGUUAUCUUAAAUUCUUCACAGGGAUGCUUUAUAUUCAUUUUCCACUGCUUAAUGAACUCAGAAGUAUGUACACCCGGAAAAACGUUAUACUGA